AUGGGGUGCGCCGCGUCGCACGCGAGAGGCUCUGAAACACCACCACCACCGCGGCUGGGAUCAUCGCGAUCAGACGCGCGGUCGCCGUACCCGGUGCGCAAGUCGGCGGAGGCGGGCGGGGGCGUGUGCGAGUACAGCUACCAGGAGGUGCACGCGGCGACGGGCGGGUUCCAGCACGAGGUGGGGCGCGGCGGGUUCGGAGUGGUGUACCACGGGUACCUGGCGGAGCCGCCCGGCGUGCCUGGCGGCAAGGGCGCGGGCGUGUGGGCGGUGGCCGUGAAGCUGAUGAGCGGCGAACACAUCGCCAACGGCAUCGACAGCUUCAUGACGGAGGUGGCGGUGAUGGCGAGGGUGCAUCAUCCCAACAUCCUGCGUCUGGAGGGCUAUGUGGUGGGCGCCACGCCCAUCCUCAUCUACGACUUCAUCCCCAAUGGCGAUGCCGCCUCCUACCUCGCCAAAGCUCGGAGUGGAGAGGUGCAGUUUGGGUGGGCGGACAGGCUGAGGGUGGCGCUGGGGUGUGCGGAAGCGCUGACAGCCAUCCACGCCAAUGGCUUCGUGCACCGCGACUUCAAGGCGCCCAAUGUGCUGCUCAGAGAGGACCUGACGCCAGUGGUGGCGGACUUUGGGCUGGCGCGAGCGGUGGACGACUGGAAGACACACGUGGAGACGAGGGUGAUGGGGUCCGUGGGCUACAUCGACCCCAUCUACUUUGAAUCAGGCAACCUGAGCAAGAAGUCGGACACGUAUGCGUUUGGGAUAUUCUUCCUGGAGCUCAUCUCGGGCACGUCUGCCCUGGACAGCAGCUUCAAGGAGCUGCGGCGCCUCGUGACCGGCAAUGACUACCCCGAUGCCGCUCUCGUGAUGGACCCGCACCUGGCGGGGCAGUGGCAGCUCAAGCACGUGCUCGUGGCCUUCACUCUCAUCAAGUUUGCUAUCUUCUAUGACUGGGAAACUAGACCAGGGAUGGACGUUCUUAUAAGAAAGCUCAAGGAUAUUGUGUCUGAAGUUGAAGCAACAUCUGGCUUGCAUCGCACCGCGUCGCAUUUCGGCGCAGAACAAGUCAACCACAUGGCAUUCGACCAGCCGUGGGUACCCGAGGGCGCGUGGACCACGUCCGUCUUCGCGUGCUGCGACGACGUCCCCUCUAGUGAGUGCGCCGCGCUCCCUCUGCACCCAGACGCUCGCAUAACCGCGCGUGCAUCGCUGACCCCCAGCGCGCCCGUUUUGCCCGUUGUCGUCGUGUCGCUUGUGUGUGCGCAGUGUGCUGCGCGGUGUGGUGUCCGUGCGUCAUGGUGGGGCGCAACGCCAAAAUCGUCACCGACGGCUUCACAGGUGACCCACUCGGGCCCCAACUCAUACCAUUCUGGCACGUUGGACGCUAACUCGAGCUACCUCGCACCGCUAGGGCUCCUCCAUUUAAUCGAGUCGCUCUAUUCCCCUCUCGUCGUUCCCUUCGCCCCGCAGACCCGUGCCGCGCGUGCGUCGGGUGGGCGUUCCUCCAGCUCGCGUGCAGCGGCGCCUUCUUCGCGCGAGGUCAGCCGCGCUGCCCUCUAUGCCGUCAUUCUCUCCCGCACGCUCUCCUCGCCGCUCCCUGUCAACUCUUUUCUAUACAUUGAGCACCGCGAACUGCGCAACCGCGGAUGGGACCCCGCGCUAGGCUAUGCGGGCAACGUGCGCAAGUUCCAGGCGUGCUCUCCGCCCCCCCAAAUGGAGAUGCUCGCCGACCACCACCAGUCAGCACGGGCACUGCCGUGCAUGCUCUCCCACAGGGUGCCACCGCGACCGCCAGGGGAUCCCGGCGGCACCUCCAGCGGCGGAUGCGGCAGCUCCGGCCCCUCCGGCACAUGCGGCGGGCCUGGGAUCUCCGGGAUUUCCGGCACCACGUUAGGCGGCGUCGGCACCUCCGGAAUCUCGGGGGUUCGCUCCGGAGGGUUGGGAAUCUCGGGGAUCUCGGGAAUAGUGUCGGGCGGGGUGGGGGAGGGGACUUCGGGCGGGGGGAAGGGCGGAAGGUUUGGCGGAGGGGUUGGUUUUGGGGCUCCGGGGGGGGGGAUGGGGACGGCUUCGGGAGGUGGCGAGGGCGGGGGGACUUCGGGAGGGGUGAGCGGGGGAACGUUGGGCAUGGGGACGGGGGGCGCCCUCGGGACGAUCUCGGGGCUUGCGGGCUGCCCUCCGCCGCGACCCGGCACCUCCAGGGGGAGGUCGGGACCUCCGAAGACGUGUAUGCCCGCGAUGCCGCGCGCGCACUCUGCCGCUGAUGGGUCGCGCGAAUACUGCAGCGGAGGGGACUACAAUGUCCGUCGUCGCGUCGCACACCAUGCCGUCUUCCCUUUCGCCUCCUUCGUCCAUGCUCACUGCGCGCUCGCCAUCCCUCACCCUUCCCCGUCGCAGGCGCCGAAGAUCCCGGUGGAGCUGCAGCUGGCGGCGGACGACGCGGCGUGGCUCGCGCAGAUGGCCGCCACGCACGGGCUGCCCGACGUUGGCAAGGCGCUGCGCAUCGUGCUGACGUAUGCCCGGGACGAGAAUCUGGGGGCUCUGGGCAGCAAGGAGGCCAUCCAGUCGCCCUCCGCGUCGCUCACCUCGCAUUCAUUCGACAUCGAGUCUUUCCAUGAGGACGUUUUGAAGAAGAUACAAGAAGCAAACAACUGCGACAGCGUUAGUGAGGCGGUGCGGGUGUUGCUGCACCACGUGCAGGCGGCGGUGUCAGAGGCAAUUCUCUUUGGCCUCGUGCGCUGCAAGCGACCCCUCAACUGCACCUCCUGCCCCGCCCACGCCGCUGCUGCCGCUGCCAAGGCUGCACCCUCUGCUGCGCCUGCCGCUGCCGAGUAG